AUGCAAGCACAAAACAGUGGGACUUAUGCAUCCUUUACUCUAGAAGAGUGUGUAGCAAUCAGGAAAAUUCCCUUAUGUCAACAGCCUCUUGACCCCAAAAGGAUUUGGCAUUUCUCGAAGGAUGGAGAAUUGACGGUCAACUCAGUGUACUACCAGCUGCAAAGUAUUAGUAGAUUAAGGAAUCAAUAUGAUCCAUCAACAUCUAGAUCUCCCCCUCCUUCAUUCUGGAAGAUGGUGUCGUCCAUCCCAGUCCCCCCUAAGGUCAGAAAUUUUAUUUGGCGGGCUUGUACUAAUUCCUUAGCAACCAGAGUAAAUUUGUAUGCUCGUGGUAGUGCUUCAUCUCCUCUUUGCCCCUUAUGUCAUCAAACAGCUGAAUCUGUAGAACACUUGAUUUUCUUAUGCCCUUAUGCAGCUACAACUUGGUUUGGCUCAAGACUGGGGUUUAGUCCAAAUGCUAAUGGUUUUGAAUCUUUAUGGUUAUGUCUGCAAUAUCUCCAAAAGAUGGCCAAUCAUCCAGAUCAAAUGGAACUAAGGUUGGCUUAUCUUCUUAGCUGGUAUAUUUGGAAAGCAAGAAAUAAGGCCGUUUUUGAACACAUUGAUCCAGAACCAGAGAAGACCUUUAAAAGGGCUCAGAAUGAAGUUGAGGAGUUGUGCUCUAUAACAGUUCCACAAAGACAUUCUCUGGCUAUGCCUCAGACCAUUCACUAA